GCGACCAUCAUGAUGCUGCAUCGUGGGAAAGCUCUGUUCGUUACCUUGACUUGAGGCGAGAGCCCCGCCACUAAAGUAAUCACGCUAAUGGGAGGGAGAAGCAGCACACAUCACUUUUCAAGAUAACAACACUGUAGAUGCACGGCCCACAAUUAGCGAGCGGGUGGACGGUAGUGGAAGAAACAUUUGUUGGUGGUUUUACACAAGGUGAAAUAAAUCCACCACCAUCAAAUAAUAUUCCGUCAGUUUCAAAUGCAGCUACCUUCCAGUUCCCAUCACCCCGCACCCAGUGAAAUCCAACCGGCUAUCAGAUAAGACAGACACCAUUGUGCAAAAGAACCCAACCGAACCCACCGCUCAGUCACAAACCGGCGCUGCUGCUGGUUGGAAUGUAGCCACUUCUAGUGUCAGUGUCUGUGCGGGAAAACGAACGUUCCGACCGCGUCCGAGCAAAGCCGACCAUGUGCCAUUUAUUUUCCACGCGCUAACAUCCCGCUCCACCACUGUGCGUCGCGUUUUCGUACGCGUAAAUGAACAAACCACGCCACCGUAUGCAAAACCGAUUCGCAUCCACACCGUGAAGGUUAGCAAUCAUUCUCGUGGGGUGUUCACAUUCCGACCCGAAACGCUGGGCUGGCGGGUGGUGAGUUUAUCGCCGUGCCGCGAGGAUGCAACCAUGGUUGCGGGUGUCGCUGCUGCUGUGCGUCUUCGGGUUCUUCCGGGAGCUGCGCGUUUCCGAACCGUUCGUCACCGAGUUCCUGUCGGGCGAGUGGCGGGACAUCGAGCCGGAGCAGCUGAACCGCGACGUCUACCCAAUCGGCACGUACAGCCAGGUCGCGCUGCUCGUGUUUAUGUUUCUGCUCACGGAUGUCCUCAGAUACAAAUCGAUAAUUGUGUUUUCCGCCUGCUUGGGCAUCGUCAUCUGGUCGCUGCUGCUGUGGACGGAAUCGUUAGCCGCACUGCAGGUCGUGCAAGUGCUGUACGGUGCCUACAUGGCCUCGGAAGUGGCCUACUACACGUACAUCUACGCCAAGAUUAGCCGGGAAAAGUAUCAACAGGUGACUGGCAACACGCGGGCCGCCAUCCUGCUCGGCCGCUUCCUGUCCGGCGUUAUCUCGCAGGUACUCGUUUCCACCGGUGCGAUGAACGUACGCGACCUGAAUUAUAUUACACUCGGCACGCAAGCCGUUUCUCUGCUUUGGUCAUUUUUGCUGCCACCGGUAAAAACCAGUGUUUACUUCUAUGCUCGCGAUGAGGACACUAAGCCGACCGAUGGAAUGGUGGCUUGUGAUCCUGUACCAACGCCACAGCAGAAGGAACAGGAGCAAAAAGCGCAGGAUCAGUUGGAGCUCCACGGUGACAAUGGAUUGGAUGCUUCCCAGAAGGUUUCCCCGGACCGCACCACCCCAAAUAAUGAACCUAACGAAUCCGUCGAAAAUGGCACCGCAACCGCAAAAACCAUCGACGCCCAGCCGAAGGCACGAUUCUCUGCCUCCCGCGCUGUGCGACUGCUCUGGAAGCAUCUCAUCUCCGCCUACCGGCAGCUGCCCGUCGUCCAGUGGAGCCUCUGGUGGGCGCUAGCGAUGGCCGGCUUCAUCCAGGUGCAGGUGUACGUGCAGCUGCUGUGGCACGAGAUCGACCAGCAGCAGGGCACUCUGUUCAACGGGGGUGCCGAGGCACUGCUCACCCUGCUCGGUGCGAUGAGUGCGCUGGCGGCAGGUUACAUCGCCAAUCGCAUCUUCGAACAGCGGGCCCUCUGGAUACUGACGGUUUGCUCCGGGCUGCAGGGUGGACUCAUCUUUUACUCCGGCUUUGCCACCAACAUUUGGGUGGCGUACGUGCUAUACAUUCUGUUCGGCACGCUGUACCUGUUUAUGGUCACGAUGGCAAGUGCGAUCGUGGCGAAAUAUCUCGAAGAGGACAGCUUCGGGCUGAUCUUUGGCAUCAACAUGUUCGUGGCGGUCGGUGUGCAGGCACUGCUAACCCUGGCGACGAUCUCGGAGCGCGGCCUGAUGCUUGACCCGCGGGACCAGUUCAAGGUGUACGGUGGCUACUUUUUGGUGCUCUCGAUAAUCUACCUAAUUGCCGCCAUCGCCGCCAGCGCGGCCCGUGUGUGGCAAUUGCGAAGGGAAGCGCAGGCCGCCUCCACCAAUGCCGGUGUGGAAGGGUCAGUUGCAACAGCGGAACGAUGCGAACCGGCGACCGUAAGUGGUUGAAUGGAAUAAAAAAAAAAACAAACCGACAUAGAAACGCUUCAAACACAACUUCGUCAUUUAGAGGGAGGCUUCGGUCUGCCGUCUGGCGAUUCCAUUCGCUCCUUUGCCAUUGCUUCCCAGCGGCGACGUCGUCUGUCAACCGUUAUUCGAAUGAUCGAAAAAGAUGGAAAGUUAUACACAAAAUACAUACACACACACACACAUAUACGCCCCUCGGCCGAUUGAAACUGAAUCCACUCAGCGGCAAAACACACCGGAAACACUUCGGUCAAUCGUUUUGGUUCCCUUGGCAAACUUCCCCCAGCCGCAUGAGGCUAGUUGUGGAGAGGGAGUGGGUGGUUGGCGUUUUCGGAACGUCGGAUAGUUUUGAAGCCGUUGCAUCCGGUGGGUAGGAAAUGUUUUCGGGGUAAGCUACAGUGAGGGCUGUUCUAUUUUGGGCAGUGAAUACGAUGCUUUCGCCAGCGGCAUUCAAUUGGUUUUUGAAGACCUCUCGGGCCAGUCCUGGAGCAUAGACGUCAAGUUGUUCGAUCUCCUAACAUGUCUAUACAUAAUUUAGACCUACAAACUAACAAACUGACUACGGCACGACUGACUUGCCUACGUAUUAAUCAUCCGAACAAUCGUUGUUAUUUAAAACCUUAAGUAACUUAAUGCGAGCAGCUCUUUACCGACUAUGGUUGUUACACAAAAUUACCAAAUACAGCGGAGCGCCAUUUAUCCGGGUUCAUCGGGACUCGACCUUUCCCGGAUACUCGGAUAAC